AGAGUCAUUCUGCCAAACCUAGUACACAGGUAAGGACAGGCCACUCUCUCACUUAUUGAUCUUCAGCAACUUCUAUUGUUGUUUGGUCUAUUUAGUCUGAAGAUUCCUGUGAAAAAUCCCAUUUUUCUUCAGUGAAGAUUAAAAAACAUGCAUCUCAAAGUAGUGAUCUUCGCCUUGUCAUGUUUGACAACAACAGCAUACCCACUCCAACGUACCCGCAGAGAAACAUCACAGGCACUACGGGACAAUCAAGCUCAUGAGAAGACAGACCUCAACAAGGAUGUCAAUGGGCUGUGGAAGAGCCAUGUGGAGAACAGCAACCUGUAUUCCCAGGACAGCCCCAACCCCAUGGUGAGCGAGAUCAGGCACAAGCUUACCCUGGAGUCCGAGAGGCUGCGCGCCCACCUUCGCCAGGAGCUCACUAAGCUGAGGGAGAGGCUCGCCCCGUACCCUGCCCACCCCCAGUCCAGCGAGUCCACCCUGGCCAGCAUGAGAGAUCGCCUAGGCCCCCUGAUCAAGCAGCUCCAGAGCGCCUUGGACGGCAACAGCCAGGAGCUGUGUAGCCACCUCAGGCUCUACUUUCAGGGAUUGGAGGCCGCGGAAAGCCAGGCGGCGGCCGGACCCACCCUAUACCUGGAGGCUGUGCAGUGGAUCAGCCAGACCUUGGACGACAGCAGUGCCGAAAUGACCUUCCUCAUCCAGGACUUCAAAACCAACACGUCCAGCAUGAUCAGGGAGCUCAUUGGUACCAUUCAGGGGGACUUCUGGCAGGAGGUGAAUGUCCGACUGGGACAGGAGGUGCAGGCGUUGAGUCUGGAGGUCCAGGGCAGGGUGGGGGUGCUGAAAGCAAAUCUGUCCCAUCUCCUGCUGGCUCCACAGCCCCUCAAGGCAGUGGUGUCCACCAGUAUGGAUCAGUUCUGCCAGAGUGUCGCCUUACAGGACCAGUUGUUCCAUGCCCGAAUUGAGAAGCACCUUCUGGGGCAGGAGUCACAGGCUCAGAGCCCCAGCGACCCGCUCUCUCUACAACCUCUGGGCUUAUUGGAGGAGGACUUCUCUGCGAAACUAAGUGUUCUCCUCCAGGACAUUCUUAACAAUGUCCAGUAAAAGCAGAACAUAACUUUCCACAUAGCAGAAUGAGAGCGAGAGAGUGCAUUGUGUCCCAUUAUAGGGAGCAUUUAAACUAUAUCAUUGUUUCUGCUCCUCGUGCUUAUAUAUAUCAACUCCUCUACCAUUGUAUAUAGAGUACAGUAAGUAAUCCAUGUAUAUUUAUGAUGUUUCCAUUGUUGUGUUUAUUUCAUGUGGAUGAUUGUUGUAAAGGCAUUGUAUGUCAACUGUAAAUAAAGCUUGUGUGAAGUUUA